AUGCUGAAGAGCUGCGGGAGGAAGCUGCUCCUGUCCCUCGUGGGCUCCAUGUUCACCUGCCUCCUGGUGCUCAUGGUGGAGCCGCCGGGGAGGCCGGGGCUGGCCCGGGGGGAGGCCGGCGGGGCGCAGCGGGCGCUGCAGAGCCUGGGGGCGGCGGCGGCCGUGGCACCCCCGGCGGCGCAGGGGCCUCCCGGGCUCCGCAGCUUCGCCGAUUACUUCGGGAGGCUGAGCCGAGCGCGGCGGGAGCUGCCCCCUGCCCCGCCGAGCCCCCCGCGGCCGCCGGCCGAGGACAUCUCCCCCCGCGAUGUCUUCAUCGCCGUCAAGACCACCAAGAAGUUUCACAAGGCGCGGCUAGAGCUGCUGCUCGACACCUGGAUCUCCCGCAACCGCGACAUGACCUUCAUCUUCACUGACGGGGAGGAUGAGGAGCUGAAGAAGCAAGCACGAAAUGUCAUCAACACCAACUGCUCGGCUGCCCACAGCCGCCAGGCCCUGUCCUGCAAGAUGGCUGUGGAGUAUGACAAGUUCAUUGAGUCUGGCAGAAAAUGGUUCUGCCAUGUGGACGAUGACAACUACGUGAAUGUGCGGAUGCUGGUGAAGCUGCUCUCCAGCUACCCCCACACACAGGACAUCUACAUUGGGAAGCCCAGCCUGGACCGGCCCAUCCAGGCUACAGAGAGGAUCAGUGAGAACAAGAUGCAUCCUGUGCAUUUCUGGUUUGCCACGGGUGGAGCAGGGUUCUGUAUCAGCCGGGGGCUGGCACUGAAGAUGAGCCCGUGGGCCAGUGGGGGUCACUUCAUGAGCACUGCAGAGAAGAUCCGCCUGCCCGACGACUGCACCAUCGGCUACAUCAUCGAGUCCGUGCUGGGUGUGAAGCUCAUCCGGAGCAACCUCUUCCACUCCCACCUGGAGAACCUUCACCAGGUGCCCAAGUCGGAGAUCCACAAACAGGUGACACUGAGCUAUGGCAUGUUUGAAAACAAGCGCAACUCCAUCCACAUGAAGGGAGCCUUCUCUGUCGAGGAGGACCCAUCCAGGUUCCGCUCCGUGCACUGCCUGCUGUACCCCGACACGCCGUGGUGCCCCACCAACAUGGUUUACUAG